AAACGUCGCUGCAGUCAACGAAGGACUCGUCAGAAGCCGCAAUCGGUGAAUAUACUCAAAUGGAGUGUGCCGCUGAUUCAGCACAUUUACCAUUACCUACCUCUGAUCAGAAUUUCAAUCUAACUGAAGUUCAUUCGUAUGUAUCGGACAGUACGGAAAGUUGUCAUUCAGGUGCGUUUUCGAAUCGAUCCAAUCCACCUAAUGAAAGUUCGUGUGUUCUUCGUUUCUUGCUUGCAUUGUCGUUAUUUUUAACUUGUAAUUUAUCAUUGUUUGAGUUUUUUCUUUCUCUGCUUGUUAGAGACUGGCUGCUAGAUUUCUAUCAAAACCAGUUUUAUCGCAUCGCAAAUCAGAUUGUCACUUUUUCGUUCGGGAAAAAUCGCAUUUAUAUUCUAAUUGUCUUUUUAAAAUUACAAACAAACGAAGUCAUUUAUAUUCGAUUCAAAUUUGACCAAUUCACUAUGAUCCGUUAA